AUGCCGGGGAUUCAGCCAGUCCUUCUUGAACUCUCCAGAUCCCAGCCUUCAUUGCUAUCCUGCCAACCCCAAAUCCCCAGUUCCGCCGAGGUUCCCACGCCCAAUCUGGUCGCCCACAGGAUCACCUACGGGAUGGACCACCGGUUCGCCGUCCCUGUGCCGGAGUCGUCGGAGCAGCAGUGCGAGGACCACGGCCUCCUGAUCGCGGAGGACGGCGCCGUGUUCCUCGUGGCCGUGGGGGGCGCCGGCGGCGUCCGCCGCGUCACUGUGGUGUGCGUUAGGGGUAACGUUGGCACCGGGCCUGUGUACAGCUCCUCCGUCGAGGUGGCUGGCCCAGACGAGGCGCGCCGGCUGAAGCUUGAGAAGAAGGUGGCGGCGAGCUGCUCGGCCCCCGUCGAGUUCGAUGUGUUGGCGCAGCCGGAGUGCGACACGGUCCCCGUGUAUCCGGAGAUGCUGCACGGGGAGGAGCUCCAUCUGUGCAUCCGUAUCGGCAAGACGAAGAUCAUCUGUUCCUGA